AGGCACUCAAGCAUAGUAAUGCAUAAACCAAGUCAGCUAUGCAUCAAUAGACAAACGCCACCGGCUUCCAUAUCAUCUAACAUCAUCGCCGGGCCGGUCCAGGAAACUCUCAUAUCGGGACUUGACCGUGGUUUGCAUUUGUUCUAUAUAUCAUAUGACCCUGAUCCGUAUUCUGGAAUGUGCUCCUGGGCCUGUUCGCUUAGUCUACUUGGUCUCACCUCAUCGGUCGGGUCGGUGUGUUCUAGACUUUGCUGUUUAUCAGCGUGCAUCCGACCUUUCCAUCAUUAUACGAGAGGUGGAUCAUGUCCGUAGAUUGCCUUUCAGGCGGAGUCCGGCAAACUUGCCCUCGCGAAAGAGUUUGUGUGGUGUAAGUGAAGUUUUCAGGCCGAUCGUGGGCAUGGGGUAUGUCUUCUUGGCGAUUUGCUGUUGUGGCUACAGGGUUUUUGACAUGGUUGAGUGGACGUUGAUUGAUGGAGGACGGCAGACAUAGUAUCCGAGUUCCGGUGGUUUAUCAUUUCCAAGAAGAUCGAAGUCUGCUGGGAAAAUGAAUGGGACCU